UUUGCGUCCUAGUCUGUUCACACAAUUCAAACGCAUGCCAUACGAAACUUGCUAGACAAAAAUGAGGACGCUGUCGUGCUCUAUGACUACCUUUGCCGAUAAAGGGAUUUCCUGUGAGCUUUCGCAAAAACGUAGAUACGCCCAAACACCUAGACCGAAAGACGAUUCUAACGCGCACAGCAGCGGCACGAACCACGGCAAUAAAAAAGGACAUGCUUCGGAGAGCGCGCACAGCUCGACCAGAAGGAGGGGCCCAGUCAUAAAAACGGACUUAAGCGAUGCGUUCUGCACUUUGACCUUCGAAGAGGAAGAUGAAGCCGAUUACAGAGAAGGCGGAUAUCAUCCUGUAGAGAUAAAUCAUGUCUACAACUCGAGAUACAAAAUCAUAUCGAAGCUAGGAUGGGGAUACUUCUCAACUGUCUGGCUAGCUCUAGACUUGAAGAAAGAUACCAAAGUCGCACUCAAAAUCAUCAGGGGUGCCAGCAGAUAUAGUAAGUCUGCUGAGGACGAAAUUCAGCUACUUCGGAGAGUCUCUACAACCAAUAAGAGAAAAUCUCAGUUUAUCGUGAGUUUCCUAGACCAUUUCACCAUUAUUGGUCCAAACGGGCUACACACGUGCCUGGUCUUCGAGAGCCUCGGAUGCAACCUGUUUACUUUGAUUCGCAUGUAUGAACAUAAAGGUGUACCUGUUCCCCUGGUCAAAAUCUUUAUAAAGCAAAUCUUAUUCGCGCUAGAUUACUUGCAUUGCUAUUGUCAAAUUAUUCAUACUGAUUUAAAGCCGGAAAACAUUUUGCUUUACAUCAAUCCAAACCUAUCAUUGAUUUCUAAAGGCAGUCCCGGUUCAGACCCGAAAAUGUCGACAAAUCGUUCUAAUGACGGGAGCUAUGAAAACACGAACGAGAAAAAAGAUGACAUCAGAUGUAGAAAUAAAAGGAGUGGCACUAGUUCAUCACACACAAAAUGCCAUAUCGAGCGUCGCGUUCCGCCAAAAAAUAAAGAAGAGCUGUUGAUUUGUUUUGGAAAUGGUUCUUUUCGAUGUAAGGUUGUUGAUCUAGGCAAUGCUUGUUGGGUUCACAAGCAUUUUACAGACCAGGUCCAGACGCGACAAUACCGCGCUCCAGAAGUGAUUCUCGGCUGCAGUGACUAUAAUACAUCAAUUGACAUAUGGAGUUUAGCCUGCAUUGCCUUUGAACUUCUCACUGGAGAUCUUUUGUUUACACCGCACUCGUCUGAGUAUUACGACAAAAAUGACGACCAUCUUACCCAAAUGAUCGAAUUGUUAGGAAAUCCACCGCGUUCAUUCGUCCGUAGCUGUAGAUUGGGUCACCACUACUUGACCAAGAACGGAAGCCCCAAACAUAUCCACAAACUGUGUUAUUGGCCCCUGCAAGAUGUCUUGAUUGAGAAGUACAGAUUUCUCGAAAGAGAUGCUGCAGAGAUUUGCGACUUUUUGCUGCCUAUGCUCGAAUACUCUCCUAUGAAGAGAGCAACUGCUGCCGAACAGUUAAAGCAUCCUUGGAUUAGGAACAUUGACGUCGACGACUUCAGUACGGCCUUCGAUUAA